AUGGGAUUUGUCGAUGUUGGUCCGGAUAAAGGGUUUCGAGUGCUGAUCAAUCGAACAUUCUUCUUAUUCCCAAUUGGUUCCAUUAUUUGUUAUAUUAUUUUGUAUUAUCAUUUACACCAACGAACUAGAUUGGUGCUCACCAAAUCCAAUCAGAGCAGAGGAGAGCAGAAAGUAUUCGCGCAACUACUCAUCACUACCGUACUUUAUGUGACUCUCCACCUAACCUACGAAGUUAUUACACUAGUGAACUGGCAGGACUUAUCUAUCCAACUUGCAUUCAUUUCUGUACUUGGAAUAUUCAAUUGCCUUCCAGAGAUGUCACUACCGCUGUUGCUGAUAUGCACCAAUCUUCAUAUCAAGAAGAAGAUGUUGUCAUGGGUUUCAUCUUCAAAGAAUCUGGGAACUGGAUCUACUAGAAUAGUUACUGCGAAGCCUUCCCUGACUGCGAAUACAGAAACCUGA